AUGGAGUAUCGAGAUUUUCAGACAAAGGUACCUGUUUUUCAAAACCAUCAGUUGUUGAUCCGAUAUUUCAAGUGCUGGAAAGAAAACACAUUGGUGUUAGUUGCUAUACCUACCGUUGAGAACGCACAACGUGUAGUCGUUAGAAGUUUAGAAAAUGAUGAGUAUGGCAACAUCACUCUAGAUAUUCGCACGCAGAUCAAUGAUACCCAGAUCUUGGAGGAAAUGCAAGAUGCAAACUCGCUCGAUAUCAAACCAGACUGUAAAUACAGGAUUUGGGUUUCGUAUCAAUCAGUUCAGUAA